GGGAUUUCUUGCUGGGACCAAUUCCAGUUCAGUCAGGCACACCUUCGGAAAAUGUCAAUGGAAUUGCGCCGCUUCCCCGAGGCCCGGGGUCCGGGACAGGAUGAAGAGGGAGAGGAGCAAGGGCAUCUCAUCUCAGUACUACCGCCGACCGACAGAGGACCAGCUGCUUGGAAGUUCCUCUGCGGAUGUUUCAUUGUCGAGGCGCUUUUAUGGGGUUUCCCUCUGGCCUUUGGCGUCUUCCAGGACUACUAUUCCAAACAACCCGAGUUCGAGGGAAACACCAAUAUCGCCGCCAUCGGCACCGUCGCAACCAGCAUGUACUUCCUCGGCGCACCGCUGUCGGCGCCCCUGGUGAGGAGGUUCCAGAAAGCACAGCGCUACAUGAUCGCGGGCGGGUGGACCAUCUGCGCGCUCUCGCUCCUCGGCGCCUCCAUGGUGGACUCGGUCGCCGGCCUCAUCGCCACCCAGGGCGUGCUCUACGGCCUCGGCUUUCUGAUGCUGUACUUCCCCGUCCUGACCAUGCUCAACGAGUGGUUCGUCCAGCGCCGCGGCCUGGCCUACGGGGUGCUAUACGCCGGCGGCGGGUUCAGCGGCGUGGGCCUGCCGUUCCUCCUCGAGCGCCUGCUGGCCACGACGGGGUACCGCACGACCCUACGCACCAUCGCCAUUGUCCAGUUCGCCAGCUUGAUACCGACCAUGUUCCUCCUCAAGCCGCGCCUGCCGCCGUCCAACAGCAGCGCGUUGCGCGCCGUCGAUUGGAGCUUCUUCCGGCAGCCUCUGUUCUGGGUCUUUUCGCUGUCCAACCUCUUCCAGGGCUUCGCCUACUAUAUUCCGUCCUUGUACCUGCCGUCGUUCGCCUCCAUCAUCGGGCUUUCCGGCACGAUGGGGGCGUUGAUUCUGGCAGCUAAUAACAUGGCUUGCAUCAUCGGCCAAAUCGGGUUCGGAUACUUGACUGACCGGUUCAACAACGUUGCCGUCCUCGUCUUCGUCUCGACAUUCGUGUCGGCCCUUGCAGGCUUUGCGAUCUGGGGCUUUGCUCACUCCUUGGGGGCUCUACUGGCGUUCUCCAUCGUCUUCGGGUUGUUCGCGGGCGCAUACAUUGUCUUCUGGCCAAAGUUUGGGUCCCUGCUAUCGGAAGACCCUCAGGCGAUAUACAGUCUGAUGGCCUUUGGCAAAGGCAUUGGCAACCUUGCCACCGGUCCCAUCACGGCCCGCCUCCUGACCAGGCCGGUCACGUCUGGCUAUGGGAUAGGCAAGUUUGAGCCUCUGAUUAUUUUUAUGGGAUCUCUCAUGCUUUGCUCUUCACUGGGGAUUGUUGGUUGGCCGCUCAAGCCUCGCACCCUCGGGGCUUGAGCUAUGAUGAGGUAGACAUCUCACAGUCACGUUGUGUUCCGCCAGAACCCUCAAUUUUAUACGCUCCAAGCAAGCCGUGAUCGAAAAUGCCUUAGCGAU